CGCUCCUGCCUCAGGAGCCGCCCCAGAGGCUGAGGUCUGAAUGCCCAGGAGGUCCGCGGAGUCCCGGGUGGAGUCCCGUGCGACUCCGGACCCCGCUGCCUCCUCCGGGGUGCUCCGGGGCGCUACGGGGCGCUACAGGGCGCUCCGCUCCACCUCCGCUCUGGACUGUCCAGCCUCUGGACCUUUGUGGUCUGAAUCCUGGGUCAAUUUCUUCCUCUGAAGGCCUCUCUGAGGCUGUCCUGCUUCUCUCUGCCUCUGUUCCCAUCUCCGUCUCCAGAUCACACUGAAGCUAUCUCCAACUGCCUGAUGCAGGUUUUAUUUCCUCUAAUCUGAGAUUCUUUUCUAUCUUCUGUCUCUACUUGAGAUUUCUAAUCCCUUUGUCCUGUGUGACUCCCUCCACUCUGGAACCUGGGUCUGCAUCCUCCUUUCUCCCUGGAAGACACCUGAAAGAAAAUCAGGUCAUGGCAGUGGCUGCCCUGUGGCCCUGGGGAGUACACCUGCUUAUGAGCCUGCUGUCCUUGGGAUCUGGCCUGGACACACUAGAGGUGUGUCCCAGCCUGGAUAUCCGCUCCGAGGUUACAGAGCUUCGUCGCCUGGAGAACUGCAGUGUGGUGGAGGGCCACCUGCAGAUCCUUCUCAUGUUUGCUGCCACCGGAGAGGACUUCCGGGGCCUCAGCUUCCCGAGCCUCACCCAGGUGACCGACUACCUGCUGCUGUUCCGAGUCUACGGUCUGGAGAGCCUUCGAGACCUCUUUCCCAACCUGGCCGUGAUCCGAGGUGCACGCCUCUUCCUGGGCUAUGGGCUCAUCAUCUUUGAGAUGCCCCACCUAAGGGACAUUGGGCUGCCGUCGCUGGGGGCCGUGCUUCGUGGGGCUGUGCGUGUUGAGAAAAACCAGGAACUGUGCCAUCUCUCCACCAUUGACUGGGGCCUGCUGCAGCCUGCACCUGGUGCCAACCACAUUGUAGGGAACAAGGGCGAGGAGUGUGCUGAUGUAUGCCCUGGUGUGCUGGGUGCUGCUGGUGAGCCCUGUGCAAGAACCACCUUCAGUGGGCACACUGACCACAGGUGCUGGACAUCCAGCCACUGUCAGAGAGUGUGUCCCUGCCCCCGUGGUCUGGCCUGCACAGCAGAUGGUGAGUGCUGCCACAGUGAAUGUCUGGGCGGCUGCAGCCAGCCUGAAGACCCUCGGGCCUGUGUAGCUUGCCGCCACCUCUCCUUCCAAGGAGUCUGCCUGCAGGCCUGCCCCCCAGGCACCUACCAGUAUGAGUCCUGGCGCUGUGUCACUGCUGAGCUCUGUGCCCAUCUACGCGAGGUGCCUGGCCACGCAGCUGCCUUUGGCAUCUACCAGGGCAGCUGCCUGGCUCAGUGCCCUCCAGGCUUCACCCGUAAUGGCAGCAGCAUUUUCUGCCACAAGUGUGAGGGGCUGUGCCCCAAAGAGUGCAAGGUCGGCACAAAGACCAUCGACUCUGUCCAAGCCACACAGGACCUGGUGGGCUGCACCCACGUGGAGGGGAGCCUCAUCCUCAACCUUCGCCAAGGCUACAACCUGGAGCCAGAGCUUCAACGCAACCUGGGGCUCGUGGAGACCAUCACCGGCUUCCUCAAAAUCAAGCACUCUUUUGCACUCGUGUCCCUGGGCUUUUUCAAGAACCUGAAACUAAUCCGGGGAGAUUCCAUGGUGGACGGGAACUACACUCUGUAUGUGUUGGACAACCAGAACCUGCAACAGUUGGGGUCCUGGGUGGCUGUGGGACUCACCAUUCCGGUGGGCAAAAUGUACUUCGCCUUCAACCCGCGCCUCUGCUUGGAGCACAUCUACCGACUGGAGGAGGUUACAGGGACCAGAGGUCGGCAGAGCAAGGCUGAGAUCAACCCUCGCACCAACGGAGAUCGAGCUGCCUGUCAGACUCGCACCCUGCGCUUUGUGUUCAACCUCACUGAAGAGGACCGCAUCCUGCUGCGAUGGGAGCGUUACGAGCCUCUGGAGGCCCGGGACUUGCUCAGCUUCAUCGUCUACUACAAGGAGUCUCCAUUCCAGAAUGCCACAGAACACGUGGGUCCAGAUGCCUGUGGAACCCAGAGUUGGAACCUGUUGGAUGUGGAACUGCCUCUCAGCCGCACCCAGGAGCCGGGGGUGACCCUAGCCCCCCUUAAGCCCUGGACACAGUACGCCGUGUUUGUGCGGGCCAUCACACUGACCACCGCUGAGGACAGCCCCCAUCAGGGAGCCCAGAGCCCCAUUGUCUACCUUCGAACAUUGCCUGCAGCACCCACGGUGCCCCAACACGUCAUCUCCACCUCCAACUCCUCCUCACACCUUCUGGUGCGCUGGAAGCCGCCGGCCCGGCGCAAUGGAAAUGUCACCUACUACCUGGUGCUGUGGCAGCGGCUAGCAGAGGACAGCGACCUCUACAUUAAUGACUACUGCCAUCGCGGUUUGCGGCUGCCCACCAGCAGCCACGACACAAGCUUCGACCGUGAAGACCCAGCACUGGAGGCUGAGCCGGAGCAAGGCUGCUGUCCUUGCCAACACUCACCUCCUGGGCAGGCCUUGCCGACAAUGGAGGCACAGGACACCACGUUCCAGAAAAAGUUUGAAAACUUCCUACACCACGCCAUCACUAUCCCCAAGGCCCCCUGGAAAGUGACAUCCAUCAACAAGAGCCCCCAAAGGGACCGCAGGGAAGCUGGCCUUCUCAGAUUGGGGAACAACUCGGAUUUUGAGAUUCAAGAGGACAAGGUUCCCCGGGAGCGAGCAGUGCUGAGCGGCUUGCGUCACUUCACAGAAUACAGGAUUGACAUCCAUGCCUGCAACCACGCGGCACACACCGUGGGCUGUAGUGCUGCCACCUUCGUCUUUGCACGCACCAUGCCACAUAGAGAGGCUGAUGGCAUCCCAGGGAAGGUUACCUGGAAGGCAGCUGGCAAGAGCAGUGUCAUCUUGCAUUGGCUUGAGCCACCUGACCCCAAUGGGCUCAUCCUCAAGUAUGAAAUCAAGUACCGCCGGCUGGGAGAGGAGGCCACCGUGCUUUGUGUGUCCCGACUUCGCUACGCCAAAGUUGGCGGGGUCCACCUGGCCCUGCUGCCCCCUGGCAACUACUCUGCUAGAGUGCGAGCCACCUCCCUGGCCGGCAAUGGCUCCUGGACAGAAGGUGUGGCCUUCUACAUCAACGGCGCAGAGGAAGAGGAUGCUGGGGGACUGCGCAUCCUCCUCACCGUCACCCCUGUGGGGUUCAUGCUGAUCAUCAUGCUUGCUGCCCUUGGGUUCUUCUACAGCAAGAAGAGAAACGGCACGAUGUACACGUCUGUGAACCCUGAGUACUUCAGUGCUUCCCACAUGUACAGCCCUGACGAGUGGGAGGUUCCCCGGGAGCAGAUAACCAUCAUCCGAGAACUGGGCCAAGGCUCUUUUGGGAUGGUCUAUGAGGGACUGGCACGAGGACUGGAGGCUGGAGAGGAGUCUACACCUGUAGCCCUGAAGACAGUGAAUGAGCUGGCCAGUGCUCGGGAGCGCAUUGAAUUCCUCAAGGAGGCAUCUGUCAUGAAAGCAUUCAAGUGUCACCAUGUGGUUCGUCUCCUGGGUGUGGUGUCUCAGGGCCAGCCAACUCUGGUCAUCAUGGAGUUAAUGACCCGUGGGGACCUCAAGAGCCAUCUCCGAUCUCUGAGACCUGAGGCAGAGAACAACCCUGGCCUCCCACAGCCAGCACUCUGUGACAUGAUACAGAUGGCUGGUGAGAUUGCAGAUGGCAUGGCCUACCUUGCUGCCAAGAAGUUUGUGCACCGGGACCUGGCAGCGCGCAACUGCAUGGUGUCCCAGGACUUUACCGUCAAAAUUGGUGACUUCGGGAUGACGCGGGAUGUGUACGAGACCGACUAUUACCGCAAGGGCGGAAAGGGACUGCUGCCCGUGCGCUGGAUGGCCCCUGAGUCCCUAAAAGAUGGAAUCUUCACUACUCACUCAGAUGUCUGGUCCUUUGGUGUGGUGCUCUGGGAGAUUGCGACCCUGGCUGAGCAGCCAUACCAGGGUCUAUCAAACGAGCAGGUGCUCAAAUUUGUCAUGGAUGGUGGAGUGCUAGAAGAACUGGAGGACUGUCCCCUUCAGCUACAGGAGCUGAUGCGAUGCUGCUGGCAGCACAGCCCCCGCCUGCGUCCUACUUUCAUCCACAUCCUGGAUCGAAUACAGGAGGAGCUUCGGCCCUCUUUCCGACUCUGUUCCUUCUACUUCAGUCCAGAGUGCCAGCGUGGUCAGGCCUCCUUGCUGCCUGCUGAGGCAGAGCCUGACUCCCCACCAACCUCAAAGGGAGCUUCAGACUGUAGACCCCUAAAUGGAGACCCAGGACACUAAGGGUCACUCCAUUCCCCACCUGAGUGGCCUCCCAUAGGCAGAGAAGAUAGAACCCAACCUUUAUGGCCAGUUGCUUCCCUCUCACUCCCCAGUCUCCCUAGGCAGGUCAAGAAUUAUCUCAGCACUAUCAGAGAGCAGGAGCAAGAAAGGGAGGCAUCUGAACUCACAGAUGACUCAGAGAGAUAACCUGUGAGAAAGCAUGAGAGGCCACAGCAGGAGGGACCCUCAGAUCACAGGGCAGGCAUGUCCUUCCCUCAGAAGAGACACUGUUCAGACUGAGAAAGCUAGUUCACUGGAGACAGGGUCCAGAGAUGCGGCCUCUCCAACGCUGGGUCAUCAACAGCUUGGGAGCCAAUGAGUGGCCAGAGGCAGGUCUGGAGAUCUCUUUACUCACUUUGGGACCUGAAGACAAACAUUCAUGUCCCUGCCCUUUCUUUUCCUGUUCAUCUCCUCCCCUCUACCACACAUACCAGGACAGAACAGGAAACCUAGGACCCUGGGCAGGUCAGUACCCUCACUUCUCUCCCCCUGCUCUACCCAGGGACCUCAAACUUGGUGCUCCUCCCUCCUUUGCAUCAAGGACAUCCCUUGAUGCACAGUCUGUCCUUUUCCAGUUGUCCCUGGAUUGCUAGCCCUGGAUGUGAGAGCUUUGUCUCCCUCUCUCCCAUCUCCUGCUCAGCCUCUCUGGGGAAGACUGGAGAAAACACAAUAAAGCCUGGGGUCUGUUUGUGCUCUG